UAUAUAUUGGACUUAUUAGGUCAGUUUUUGACUAUGGGUGUAUUGUAUAUGGAUCUGCUGCUAAGACUAUUUUAAAUAAACUAAAUAGAAUACAGAAUCAAGGUCUAAGAUUAUGUUGUGGAGCUUUGAAAACUACUCCAGUGACAGCCAUCCAAGUAGAGAUGGGGGAGAUGCCAUUAGACCUUAGAAGGGACCAACUCAGUCUGGUGUUCUGGGCAAAUCUUAGAGGUCAUAGGGAAGACCAUUUAAGUCAAUCUACACUGGUAGAGAGUCAAGAGAGACAGAAUGGUAUGAAAAGCAGUUUUGGAUGGACUGUUAAACAGAAAGCAUAUGAGAUGGAAAUAGCCUCAUUGGAUAUAAGUCCUACAGUGGUAAUUUCGAGAACUCCUAUAUGGACUCUUGAAGAUCUUUCCAUUGAUCUUAAUCUUUUGGAAGAAGCUCAGAAGGAGGAUAUAGAUAGUAAUGUGGUUCAGAGGUAUUUAAGAGAAAGAUAUGGAGAUAGAAUAAUAAUUUACACAGAUGGGUCAAAAAGGGAGGCAAGAGUGGGGGUGGCGUUUGUUAUUCCAAAGUUAAAAAUUGCAUCCCAAAAAAGAAUUAAUGAUAAUUUAGCAGUCUAUACAGCAGAGUUAGUUGCUAUUGUAUUGGCGCUUUCUUGGGCUGAAAGCAAUAAGCCAAGAAGUUUGGUAAUUGCUUCUGACUCAGCUUCAGCUUUGAUAAGUAUUCAGAACAUUAAUUCACAAUCUAGGCAAGACAUUGUUAUAGAAAUUGUCCAAAUGGCAAGUAAAUUAAUUAAAGAUGGAGUCAAAGUUGGAUGUGUAUGGAUCCCUGCACAUAAAGGAGUAGUAGGGAACGAGUUGGCUGAUAAGAAUGCCAAAGAAGCAACUGAAUUGGAGAAUAUAAAUUUAAGUAUUAAUUACAGUAAAGCUGAAGUUAAAUCAAUCAUAAAAGGAAAGAUAAAGGAGAAGUGGCAAGUCAUGUGGGAUAAUGGUCAUUCCGGUAGGAAAUUAUAUAGUAUCCAAAAAAUAGUGGGGGUGAGUAGAAGUACUUGCAGAAAUAUAAAUGAAGAAAAUAUAAUUUCAAGAAUGAGAUUUGGGCACACAGGAUUAAAUAGUACAUUAGUUUUAAUGAAAAAACAUGAUAAUGGGAGGUGUAGUGUAUGUAACACACAGGAUACCAUAGAACAUGCUAUUGAGGAAAACUGGUUUAAUAAGGAUAAUUUAAGUGUAGGAACAAUAGUAUUCAGACCCACACUCCAUUUCAGAAGGUGGCAGUAAUGCAACCAGACGUUGUUUGCCAACUGCCAUAAAAUAAGAAGAAGAAGAAGAAGA